CAAGCCUAAUCCACCUCUUUAAAAACAAAGCAUACGGCCGAACAUCGUCAUCAUCUUCCUCCUUAUUUCUCUUCGCCGAUCAGGCCAAGGAGAGGUCGCCGGAACUACGUCGGAACUUCGCCGGAGAAAAUCCUUUACCAUCUAAUUUGUAAAUCUUUUCCAAUCGAGUUGAGUCGUCGUCGUGUCUUCCGCCGUCGAGGAGGCUGCUGCCAUGUCGGAGGAGUUGCUACCGCCGGUGGGUCGUCGCUGCCACUGCACUAUAUCAUUCCUAUUGACUUCCGUUUGUGUAGCCGCUGCUGGGAUUGACGCUGCGGAUGUGUUUCGCCAGAAAUUCUACGCCGAUACGAGGCCGCUGCUACCAAUGCUGUUGUACGGCUGGUAGUCGUUGCUUCAUUCCCGUGUUUGUUCCGAAAAUCACGCUCUAUAAAUUCUCACAUUUUCCCGCAAAUCUCUCACGCUUCCAUGGCCCCGUCAUUUCUCCAGCUUUCUCUGCGCGUUCUCCCUCUCUGCUUCCUUCUUUCGUCUUCCCCUGUUUCUCCGGCCACAUUCACCGUAGUGAACCAGUGUGACUACACAGUUUGGCCCGGGAUUUUGACCGGCGCCGGCACGUCCCCGCUUUCCCCCACCGGUUUCUCUCUGGGCCCCGGUGAGUCGCAGUCUCUUACCGUCCCCACGUCCUGGUCCGGCCGGCUGUGGGGGAGGAGUGGAUGCUCAAAUGAUCCCGCCGGGAAAUUCAGUUGCGUGACCGGAGAUUGCGGGUCCGGGGUUCCGGAGUGCAACGGCAGCGGCGCGAAACCGCCGGCCACUCUGGCGGAAUUCACGCUGAACGGUUCGGGCGGGCAGGACUUUUAUGACGUCAGCCUGGUGGACGGUUACAACUUGCCGAUGCAGGUGGCCCCGAAGGGUGGGACCGGGAGCUGCAGCGUCACGGACUGCCCGGCCGACGUGAACAGCGUCUGCCCGCCGGAGCUGCGGAUGACGGCCGACGGGAACGAUCAGCCGGUGGCUUGCAGGAGCGCCUGCGAGGCCUUCGGGAGUGCGGAGUACUGCUGCAACGGAGAUCACGGGACGCCGGAUACCUGCGUGCCGAGCGAGUACGCUCAGGCGUUCAAGCGCGCGUGCCCACUCGCUUACAGCUACGCGUACGACGACCACACCAGCACCUUCACUUGCACCAGGGCGGAUUACGUCAUCACCUUCUGCGCCUCUUCUUCACCCAGCGAGAAGACGUCGGGAGGCCAAAACACCACCACUGGUGGUGGCGGCGGCACUGGAGGUGGGCUGAUUAUUAGCAGCGGCGUAUCAGCAGCCGUCCCCUCUCCUAUGAGCAUUUGGGCACUUCUCAUGUUCGCGUCACCUAUCCUCCAACAACUAAUACACUCCCAGUGACCAUUUAAUUUAUUAUUUACAGUCCCUAAUUUUAACGUAGCAAUAUAGAAUUAUACAGAGAUAUAUAUCACUAUAGAAAUUUUCAUUU